UUAAAUACUAGUAUUUGUUCAUUUAACAAAAUAGUAAUUUAGUGGAAUGGUUUAGCCAAAUUAAUCUUUUCGCGUGCGAAUACGAACAAAGAAUCAAUAGCAAGUAAAGAAUAUUUCUCUAUCAUUUCUCCUUUAAUAAGCGCGGAAGUUAAGUUUUAUUAAAGAGAGAGGGGGGAAGGAAGAGUUACAAUUUCCUAAAGAAUACUGGUUAUACUUUUUAAAUCUACAACAAAUAAUUUGUUUAAAACGAUUGAUUUACAUAUUUAUCUAUAAACACGUUUAAACAUUUAUCGCGACGGUCAGAGAUGACACUCGAUGUGAUAAUUUUAGUGUUAAAUACAUAAUUUUUGACAAAUAUCAAUAAGAAAUAUUUUUCCAAUUUACAAAUAUGCCUCCUUAUAUUUUCCACGUUUCCAAGCUUUGUUCCUUUGCAGAUUUGUGGGUGGAGGUUCUAAAAAACUAAAAAUGAACAGAUUUGCACCGAGUCGGCGCGGCGGAGAGGUAGGGGAUAGGUACAAGUGGGGCGUAGUUUUGCGAGAUCCUUUUCCCAAAUUCUCAUUUGCAGAUUGGGUAGAAAAUUUUUUAACGGGACCAAUAAGCAAGCAGUUAAGGUAUUAGGUAUCAGUUCGCGUUUCAUUGUUCACCAUAGUCGUGGGGGUUGUACUAUUGAUACAAAAUAACAUAACAGGCAGAUGACAAAAAAAAGGUCGGUCACUUCGUUGAGAUUAGUACUAACCUUCAGGAAUGGGGAGGAGGAUGGGUAGAUAGUCAGAAGGCCCCUCGUGCACGGCGCUAGUGAGAGCGGGGCAAGUAACGCGGAGCAGAGAGCAGAGAGUGGGAGUGGGGGAGUGUUCGCGCGGUUCGCGAUGCGCAGCGAGAGAAGGUUCGGAGGGGAGAAUCUUCUGGCAGUACCCUACACAGCGAACGGAGUUACUGUUAGUUCGGUCUCGUAUUUAGUAGCGGAAGGAACCUUCAGUCGCGAGCGGACAGUUCCCGGGAGCAGUCGAGAACUUCAGUUGGAGUUAUAAAUAUUCGGAUACGUCGCGUAAACCGGCACAUUUCUAAACGAUUGAGCGAUCAGUUUAGCAUCUAGUCGGAUAGUAGUGCAUUAGGAUCGAAUUAGAUUCGAGACAGUGCAUAGUGCUCUUAUUUGUAUUUGGAGUAUUUGUUUGUGCAACGUACAAAUACGACGUACAGAUAUAUCGGCAAUUUUGAACUCGAGUUGAAAUCGUUUCGGUACAGUCGUGAGAUCUAAACGUACGAGGACCCGCGAGAUCGUUUCGUGAUUUAUCAGUGACUAUUGGAAGAAAAGAAAUCAGUUCUUUCGUUGGUGGUCGCGCUUGAUCCCGCUUUCUACAUCCCGCUACUACGAUCGAAGGAAGGAAGCAAGCAAGGAAGCAGUCGAUGAUCAUCGUCGCGAGUACUCACACAUAUCUGAAAUUCGGAGAACAACAAGAGGUCGAAGGACAAGGACACAUACAAAAUGUGGAACGUGUGUAUCUCCAUCACCGUCUCCACUUGAACGAAACUCUCGCAUGCUCGCAUACUCCGACGUCUCGGACCGUAACCCCGAGUUAUACUACUAUUCCUCGUGGCACUGCAAUAACAACGUUUCCCGCGCGCAGUGCGGAUUGGCUGAUCGCAGUAACUGAGGAACGAGAGGAACGCUGGGGCAAACCAACGCGCACCGUUUUACUCAUGCUAGCGCCGUCAGGUUGAGAGAGGAGAGCAGAGGUGAGCGGAAGAGCGGCAGAGGAAUCAGCAGCAGCAGCAGCAGCAGCAGCAGCAGCGGCAACGGCAGCGGUAGCCUUGCUAUAACGGAGGGCAGCGGCAUAAGCGCGCGGAGGAGAGGGAAAAGAAAGAGUCAGAGAGAGAGAGAGAAGAGGAGGAGGAGGUGGUUGUAGUCACCCACCCGCCCGACCGACCGACCGAGUUGUUUCAUUCAUAAAAAAGUUCUUUAUUACUCUCUGUGAGCGCAUGUGCUAUUCCACCACGGAGGAGGACCGAGUACUACUACUCCCCCGACCGGCUGUAGCGUAACACGUUUACACAUUAUUUACUACUGCGCGAGAUACGAAUCGGCGCCACACGCCGCACUGACAGCGUGGCGUACGGAUCGUUCUCUUGUACGCCAAGACGUAUCGUUGCAUCGUUAUAAGAUAGAAGCAGAGGCGAGAGAAAGAGGAGGAGGUGCGAUAUAUAAGAGUGUCAUCGAUAUUAACGUUGUCGCGAAACCGAUCAGUAUGGAUCAGAUGGCCAAUAUGGAUCAGAUGGCCAAUAUGGAUCAGAAUUUAGAAUUAAUUUCUGCCGUCGAUCUCACCCCAGCACGACGCACGCCGCCAAAUCGUCGAUCGCCGCCAAAUCGUCGAUCGCCGCCAAUUCGUCGAUCGCCGCCGAUAAAUCGUCGAUCGUCCCGACAUGGAAUUGUGCAAGGUAAAAUCAAUUCCGAUAUGCAGCAGCGAGGAAAACGCGGCACGAGGACCUCGACUCUGCAAGAAAAACUUGCUGCUAUUAAAAGAGUUCGCGAAGGCGAGUCGAAGGCGUCGGUGGCCCGCGAUAUCGGCAUUCCUGAGUCGACCCUACGCGGCUGGUGCAAGAUGGAGCCCAAACUCUUGAACCAGAUUAAGAACAUGAAAGCGAAUGGCAGCUUUGACAGAUUAUCCCCGAAUACUGUAACCUCGGAUAGCGGGGCAGACUCGCCAAGCUCAUCGGCAUCGCGAUCUCCAACCAAUCUUCCCGGACCGUCGACCUUACCUCUACCUCUACCUUUACCUUUACCUUUACCUCUACCGUCAACAUCAGGAAGAGAAGUUAAGACUGAAGAACCUAACAGAUUUACACCCCCACCAAAAAGGAGAGCGAUAGAAAACGAUAUAGCAUCCACCUCGAAUGCAACACCUUCGGUUUCAUUCCCGUUAUUAUCUCCCGCUUUCAAUUUUAUGAACUCGCAUUUAUAUAAUUAUCUGGCAGAAUUAACAAACAAGAAUUUGCUAAGUUUUAAUAACUUUUCUGCGGGAUAUUCGAACAAUAUCAACUCUCUCCCCAGUACGUCAAUGAUAGGUACGAUACCUAAUACGAUCAACAAUGUUCAAAGAAACGUUAAUGGAAAGAGAAUAAGGCAUCGCACAUCUACAUCGACAUGCACAACUACGGCAAAUUCAAUAAAAACCCAAAGCCCUAACUUAACAGUUGUGGAAAGAGAAGCUUCCUUGGUAUCGAAGCCAUCAACAUCAACAUCAACAUCAACAUCAACAUCAACAUCAACAUUAAUAUCACCAUCGAGAAUGAACGGUACUCACGUGGCCGGACCAAGCAGACCGCCGCAACAGCGCAAAACUCCCCAUAUUAAUGACAUUGCAACACAUUUAUAUCAUCGACAACAAAAGAAACAACAGAUAGAACAACAGAAACAACAAGAACAACAACAACACCUAGUACAGAAUCUACACCAUCUAGCAGUACAACAACAAUCAGAAAAUUUAAAUAGUACAAUCGAAAAUAGUUUUCAGAGUCAAAUAUUGAGAAAUAUAGUCCUUCGUAAUGCAGAACUUACAUUGCAGUGGAUGCACGAUCAUCCAAACAGCAUGGAAAUCAUGAAUGGACAGUCCGUACAAACAAAUACAUUAAACAAUAAUAAUAAUAAUAUUCAAAAUAAUAAUGCGAUCGCGAACAGCAGUUCGAACGUGAUGUCUCCACCUGCAGAUAUACACGAAGCUAUCGAUCACGGAUCACAAUUGGUCCGGUGGUUAAAGGAACAUUGCACUCAGAUGAAUAAUAUAUCCAUUAGACAGAUUGAAAUAGUACAAAAAUUAGUCGAAACAAUUACGGAGUGGAACAGGCGAGCAAAUUCUGUCUCUCAACAGAAUUCAAUUAGUUAGUUGAUAAAAAUUAGAAAAUGAAAAAAUAAUUAUAAAAAAUUUAAUAAUUUAGUAAAAAUUUUCUGUCACUAUAAUGUGUAUAACUUGUACAUUAAUCUACAAUUAUAUUUAGGUGUAUAUGUAUAUAUGGGGUAUGUACACUAGCGGAUCCUGAUAUCGAUAAUAGAGGAGGAAGGUUUCUGCAAAAUCAUUUUAUUAAUAUUUUUUGUUCUGUUUAGCUUUUACUCCAGAAUCAACGAAACAUUUUUUUUUAAUUUGCAAGGGGGUUUAACCCCCCCCC